GUUUAGUGGUAUGCUUAAUGUGAAAUCAGCGUCAUCAAGGUCUGACUCCGAAUCGUGUGACGAUAACGGUGCGGUGAAGAAGCCUGUAGUUGCAACUGGUGAGCCAUUAUUGAAUACAGUGUCACAGACGGCACCGGAGUUUGUGCAGAAGAAGAGAGUUACAGUUUCAGAGUCCAGUUGUGACUCCACAAGUUUACAAGUUAUUACUAGUCAGAGUGAAUGUAUAAAACCUUUAAGGAUUCAUGAGGAUGAAUCCAAGUCAUCUACUGCUGUUAUUAAAGAGAUUGAAAAUGAUGAAGUCGACCAUAUAAACGGCGGUAAAGUGGAUUUUUGUGGCAAUGAUCAUGAUGGUGCACAUUUGUCUUUGGCUGAUCAUGAUGAGAUGAACGGGAUGCCUACUUCUACUGAGUCAAACAAAGUUUCUGUACAACUUGAACGUGAAUUAUAAUUAAGGGCAGAUGCGGUGGUAAAAGGUAUGGAUACUCGUGAGACUGUCCGUGUAAAUGAUCAGCGUGUAGUUUUGAUGAAGUUAACUGGUCGUUUAUAUUGACUAAUUGCUGUCUUCGUCUGAGUUAAUUAUUUAUCCAUUUGAGAGGUUUUCCUGUUGUUUUGUUGGAUUCGAGUUUUUUAGGAGUCUGAUAUGUGGGACUAAAUGGAAUGCCUUGCUUAUGGCUCCCGUUAUCAAUGCAUUGCGUAAUUUAGUCAAAAUAAUCCAAGUGGCAAGUAAUCCACGACCUUCUACUUAAGAAACCGUAUUGGGAUGGGGAUAGUAGGUCGUUUGACGGCAAGUACUGAAUGAUUUGAG